AUGGCGACUCCUCGUGAUCACAUCGAGCAUCUUAGGAAGACGUGGUUCUCCAUCGGAGGACCAGAGAAUCCACUGGCUACCAUGCUUGACAAGGCUGUUAAAUACCUCUCUGAUGAACUCUAUACUAAGGAUGUCCACUAUUUUAUGGAACUCAUACAGAAUGCAGAGGACAAUGAGUAUCCGGAAAGGAUAGAUCCUUCGCUUGAGUUUGUCAUAACAUCGCGGGAUAUAACAGCCACGGGUGCUCCUGCAACAUUACUGAUAUUCAAUAAUGAGAAAGGAUUUUCUCCUAAAAAUAUAGAGUCUAUUUGCAAUGUUGGAAAUUCCACUAAACAAGGCCACAGGAAACGCGGUUAUAUCGGGGAGAAAGGUACUUAUUCAUUUAUUUCUCUUUUUGCUAUCAGUGCUCAACCUCAACAUUUCAAGGUUAAUGGGUAUCAGAUACGCUUCCAUGAAAAGCCUUGUCCAUACUGUGCAAUGGUAAUAGUUCCUGAAUGGUUAGAGGAGAGAACAUCUCUCUCUGAUAUAAAACAUUAUGGUUUGUCCCUCAUUCCUACUACAACAUAGUUCUUGCCUUUGAGCUUGCAGAUGAAAAGCUGUUGAAGCAGAACUCUCAACAUUCAUCCUGAAGUCCUGUUAUUCCUUUCGAUAAAGCGCCUUUCUGAGACCCAAUUUUGUGACAGAAGACAUAUUGAUGCUGAAAAGCUUACACAACAGGGCUCUAUUCGUCAGCAAGAAACUGGCGAUGCCUCCAAUGAAGAAUGCGCCUACUAUGGGAACAAGUGCUCCACCUGGGUUUAUGCGUUUCUUCCUACAGAAAUGGUUACCGAAUUUGCCCAUAUAAUUCAAAGAGUAGGAUCAGUGAAAACCAAUGAAUGGUAUUUGCUAAGUGUAUCCAGGGCUCUAAUUCAUAAUGGGAGUUCCGAAGGAAACUUAUUUGGAGUUUUUGCCUUCCUUGCUGGACCAAUUGGCAGUCCAAGUUCGCAUCCACUGAGGAAAUUUUUCAUACAGGGGGAAGAGCUAAAAACGUUGGAAGUCAUGUUUGAUUAUGAAGAAGCCUGUGAAUUGUGCGAAAACUGUCAGGGAAGGAAGAUGGCUUACAAACAGGGGCCGUUGCAAAGAUCUCCCGUUGGAUCUGUCCUGUAUGAUCAGACAUGGGAUGCAAGCAGCCUAAGUGACAUCCCUUCAAUCGCAUCAACAGCCCCGGGUUAUGAAUGUUUUUUGUUUGAUCCUGAAAAUGGGUGCCUUCUAGAGGUUUUUGGUGGUUUCCCAUUGAUUUUGGUUAAAACCCGCUUUGGUGAUUAUCGAUCUCCACCAAGGAUUGCGUUCUGUAUGAAGCUUGAGUGGGAGUCCAUCUCUCAAUUACUCCUCCUUCCCCAUAUGAUGGACAGCGUCAAUUGUUAGGAAAGGCCAUUCAUUGAAUAAAGAGAACUUGAAGAGCAUGGCGUUAUUGUUAAAUUUAAAGAUGGUUUUGGAGCUUUGGUUUCUGCUCUCAUUUUUCCCCGGAAUCCUAGCACCCAUAUCUCAAAUGUUGUUUCAUUGCUGGAAUGCAUUCAGAUACUAUUGCAACGGGGUGACCCCUUGCCAGAGGGCUUUUCUUGAAAAAAAGCUUUCUCAAAAAUGGUUAAAACCAUGCUGGUUACAGGAAACUUCCAGACGGAGUGCUGCUUGUUUUGAUUCGGGAAGGGGAUUUAUGUGAAGCGGACUGAUGGUCUUUUCAUUGAUGAAGAUUUUUAUGUUCCAACAAUCAACAUCAUGAACAAAAGAGAGCUCAGCGCCAUAGGAGUUGUCGUUGAUUGCAGAGAGGGCAUGCUCAUUGUCGCCAGUUACUUGGUUCCCAUUCUGAUUGCGACCACCAUAGCUGAAUCGACCACCAUAGUUCGAAUAUAUGAUUUCUUGAAUAAAUAUAACUGGAAGCCAGGUACUGAAGCAGCUUGCAAGAUAUGGAUUCCAUGCGGAAGUAAAGUGGGAAUAUGGGCUGAUCCACCAAACUGUGUUCUACAUGAUAAAGAUGGUCUCUUUGGUGGUCGGUUGUUUGUUCUUGAGAAAUACUAUGAAAAGGGGUUGCUUGAUUUUUUUCCCAAGAGUUUUGGUGUUAAAUACAGUCCUUCACUUGAUGACUACUGCAAGCUUUGGAAGUCCUGGGAAAGAACAAGAUGUCAAUUGACACAUGCUGAGUGUUGUGCAUUCUGGAAGUGUGUUAUGAAGCACGGCGGCUCAAAAAUAGCAAAAGCUCUGCUUGAUGACUUGGCAAAGCUGCCUGUUGUUUCAUGCUCCGGUGAAAUCUUCUUGUUCGACAAGCGUGACGUUUUUAUAGCAGAUGACCUUCAACUGAAGGAGCUUUUUGAGAAGUUUUCAACCCAACCAAUAUUUGUCUGGUAUCCUCAGCCAAGCGUGGCUUCUUUACCCCGCAGCUCUUUGUUUGAAAUGUACAGAAGAACUGGGAUCCGGACAAUUUCUGAAUCUGUACAGAUGAAAGAACUCUCCUUAGAAAAUGGCAUGGAACUAAAGCAGGUGAAUCCGAGUCGUAUUUUGAUUGGCAAAGAACUGGUUAGACUCAUUCUUGGCUUCCUAGCAAAGCCUUCUUUCAAUAUGGAAGCAAUAAAGAGGCAUGAAGCUGUGAAGUGCCUUCUUAAUCUCACUGUCUUGGAGACCGAGGAGCCAAUAAACGUAAGCUACAGUUUAUCACUCUCCUCUGGUGUACCCGUGAAUGCAAGAGCUAGCCAAAUGGCACGGUGGGACAGAGAAAGUUGUAAAUUUUUCACACGGACGAUUGACUAUGCUGGUGGACAGAAAAAUCUCAUUGAAUAUGCAACAUAUUUCUCAGAGGCAAUAGCUGAGGGAGUUUUAUGGGAGCAUGAAGAUCACGUAUUUGCAUUGGCCGAGCUGAUUAAGUUGGCUUUCCUGCUAACUUUUGAUGAAGAAGCAAUUAAAUUUCUUAUGAAAUCCAGGAAUUUGCAAAUUUUCAUGGAGGACGAGGUAUUCUUGUCUGCUGCCUUCCCCUCUGUCUAGGCUAUUAUGGACCCUUAUAUUUCAGCUACUCUCUGUCUUUUUCUUUAUUUUAGCACCAGCCUCUCUGCAUGACUAAAAUAUUACUAUGUUUGUGUAUCUGUCAUGUGAGAUGGUGAAUGCUUGUUUUUCAUUUGCUUUGCAGUGGUUUGAUGUAAUAACUAGUGUGUAUUGUAAUGUGUAAGAAUGGACCAUUUGAAAUAUUUCUCUGAAA